AUGAACGAAAGCUCUCUGCCGAGCCCCUCGCUCGACAGUUCAACUGUCGAAGUGGACUCCGCGCCGACAGACUCUCGGGAGAAUCCAUCGGCGCCAGCCACGCAGUCUUGCAAUUUAGGCGACGCCGACUGCGUUGCAGAAAACACCGUCGACGAACUAGAAGGCGACAUGUCUUCAGCCAACGGCGUGGCUUUGCAAGCCUCUUGGGGGGAAGCUCCGGACGGGCCCCCGGUAGCUAGGGUACAACCUGCAGAUGAUUUUUCUAGUCCUGACUCUUCUUUCUUAUCUUCAUCGCACUUUUCUUUGAGCUCUUCAGUAGCACAGCAGCUUGACGCGUCGGUGCCGAACAACGCCUCGCCUGCAGAGUCCCAGGCCGCGGCGCAGGCAUCGCCGCGUGUGUCUGCUUCUUCCCCAGAGAUUGUUGAAAACCCCAACCAACCAUCUCCGUAUCCCCGUUCUCCUACUCCUGUCAAUACGCAUUCUCCGCCUGCUUCGCCGGUCUGCCCAUCGGUCGCCCCGGAUGUUUCAUCGAGUGCGGCACCUUCCGCAGGGGCGACGCCCAAGGCACCGGAACAGUUUUCCUUCUCUUCUUUUGGCGACGUUCAGCAGUCAAGUGGGGAGCCCCUCCGCUCGUCCGUGGGUUCCCCGCCUCAGGGCUCUUUGGACCCGCUUGCGUCUUCUGUGUCUUCUGUCGGCGCGCUGUUUCAGCCGCAAGCGGAAUGCGCGAGAGAAUCGGGCGCUGAAGCGCUGCGAAUGUCGCCUGCGGGAUCGCCUGCAGUGGAUGGGGCGGUACCCGCGUCCGCGCCGAUGAAAGCGCCCGUCGUGUGCCCAGAGUACUUCGAAAUCUACACUCCCGUCUCCUUUCCGUCAAUGGUGGAGGACGCCGAGAAUCUGCUCUCUCAACUCCCCGGCUCCGCAGCUGGUUCGCUGCGCAGUUCCCUGGUUUCUUCUUUCUCUGCUGCAUGGGGGGGCAGUCUGCUCCAAAGUCGGCGACAAACGACCAGUUCAGGACCGGCGCUGAGUCUCGGGGGCAACCGAGGCUCCCUCUCGUCUCUCAUGGCUGGAAGGUCCUCGGCUUUCUUCCCGUCUCUCAACACCUCGAACCGCCAGUCUCUCGACUCCGCGCUCUCUUCCGGCACCGACACCUCGGAUACCGCUGCAGUCUUCCUCAGCCGCCUGCAGAGUGCGGGCGGCGACCCGACACCGGGACCCAGUGCUGCCGGUCUUAACGAAAGUGCUCAAGGUUCCUCCGCGCCUCUCGCGUUCUGUAGAGCGUCGGGAGAAAUGGAGAAGCUCGUCCGCGCAUGCCGCCAGGCGUCUUUCGAGGGGAGCUUGCUCCAGGCGCCUCUGGCCGCGCUGAAGACGGCAGACACGAAGGUGACAGAGAGGCUUCCGCGCACUGUGAAGACUGCACACCUUGCCUCUCCCGUCGAGGGAGCGAAGGAAACGGUUUCGGAAGUUUUCCACCACGAAGAAAGAAGGCACAGCAGAUCGCUGGAUCAGGAGGCAGCGGAAGACGCAGUCGGCGAGGGGGAGUUCUCGCAUCUUUUGGCUGAUGCUGCUGCAGAGAUGCGAGAGGGCGAAAGAAGGCGGGAGCGAGGAGAAGGAAAUCGAGGAGCGUCUCCUCGCGCGAGGCAAGAAGACGAUGAGCAUCUCCAGAGUUUUCUUCACCAAGUGUCCUCGCUUCUCAAUCGAAGCGAAGGCGCCCUGUCUCGUGACACCACCGAGAAACAGCGCGGGGAGUCCACAGGCAGAAGGCGGUUGUCUAUGCCAGGAUUUCUCGGCUCUCAAGCCCCAGAACAUUUUUCGGAUUCGCGAAACCGCGAGGCCUCCAUGCCCCACCUCAGCCGAAAAGAGGGCGACGAGGAGUGGCGCUUCUCGGGUUUGAGCGCACUGCGUGAGAGCGAGAACGCCAAGCCGUCGCCAAGCCGUUUCGACCGCGGGACGGGGCACCAUGGAGCCCAGCGGCAGUCGCCGGAAGGGUCUCUUGCGUGGCAUGCUGGCGAAGCGCCCGACGCCAAUGAUUCGCAUCUGUCUUCACAUCAAGUUCGCAAAUACCUGGGAACGGGCAUGCACGCGGUGGAGGGCUCUGAGGCAGCUUCCGGAGCGACCCGACAGGAGAGCGGAGAAGUACUCUAUCCUUUGGUGUUUGAGUACGAAAGAGAUCUCGACAGCAUUCUUGAGGGUCUCUCUGGUUCGCAGCACGUCCGCCUGGAGGACGCGCGCCGGUUUCCCCAGAGCGAGGAGACGGAGGCGAAGCGGGCCGCUUCUUCUUGCUCUUCCCGCGAGGUCAAUGCCGAAUCCUUGAUGCCCAGCAAGGUUGCAAUCUUCGACUCACAGCGCCUCACAGGCCGAGGCGUGUCUCCGCGGAUACACGAGGAGACCCGCCUGGUGCUGGGCGUCCAGAGCUUGGGCGACAGGUACCGCCAGCGCGGACUGCGCCUCGCUGCAAACUUCGCCGCUCCGGAGGUCUCGGCGAACGCUGCGCUAAAACCUGUUUCAGAACUGCGAAGGACGCCGCGAAACCCUGAGCUGCGCGCCGCGAACGUCGCGCAGCGACCCGAAAGUCGCUCUCCUAGUCGCCCUGCAGUCACGAGGUGUCCAGUGAGCCACGGUCGCCCCUCUGCUUCCUUGUGGAGCCCCGGCGCACCGCAGCCAGCUCUCGCCCCGACUGAGGGCGUCACGGGGCCGCAAGGCUCCCCCGUCUGCGCCCUGCCUGGUCCCGGUGGGCUCGUCCCCUCCCCGUCUCCUUCUUCGCUCAUGCCGCCUUCUUGCCUUCCGCCCUACGACCCGACCCGAGGCGCGCCGCCGCAGCCUGUUUGGUCCCCGCCGUUGGCAAUUUACUCGUCGCCGCCUCCUCUUCCCGGGUGGGUCGUCGCCCACCCUCCUCCGUCUCCGCCUCCGCCUUGUUCUCCCUCGUCAUCGGCGUCAGUGAACGGAGAAAGCGACGAGGUGCGGUCGCCGGCGGCCGCGUCUCCGUCGUCAGCCUCGAGCCAGGGCGAGAUGCCGGUGUGGGGCUCCUGCGCAGAUCAGACAGGCGCGCUGUUUGUGAGCGGCGAGGAGCUUUCGCAGCUUUGGAAGGAAGCGAGAUACAGCACCGCUCUCCUCGACUACGUCUCCGCGAUCUUCCGGCGCAUGACGGAGUUCCGCAGCCUGUUGUCUACCGAGCGAAGCGGGACGGAGCCCUACCGCCCCGCGCCACCGGCCCCCGGCGCCGGUGGCGGGGCAGGCGAGAACCAGAAAGACGCCGAGGAGCUCGUCGGCGAGAGGGAGAUUGCAGACUUUUGGAUGGCCUACGCGUCUCUUCAAAGCGACCCUUACGUGCACGGGGUCCAGCCGAGUGCUUCGCGGGGGUCGGCGAACUCGUCCACGGUCCCGCCUGUCGAACUGCACCUCGACGCGGGCCGCUUGGCUCGCGUUGUCGGCGGGCCGAGCGGGCUCCUGGAUCUCGUCCGCUUCACACGCCUUGUCGCGUUGAUGGAUGGGGACAUUCCUCACAGCUUGCAGAGCGCCGCCGGCCUCCUGCGGCUUCGCCUCAUCUUUCUCUACUUCUCCGACCUGCCGAUCGCCUCCGCGCGGCUGCGGACGCGCGAGCAAGGCCCCGGCGGCCACAUUCUCGAGCCGGAGCUCGCUGACCAUAGGCGAGUCGGAGCAGAGAAGAAGUCGAAACUUGUGGAGUGGAGGGAGUGGAACUGGCAAGGCUUCAGGCACGCGCUUCUGCACACCCCGGCUGUCACACAAGGUGGAGUGGCGUCGUGCCCGUCGUCGCUCCAGGCCGCACUGACAGCUCUCGGGAAGUCGGGGCGUUGCGUCGCGACUUUUGCGGACUUUCACGCUCUCGUGGCCAGGCUGAUUGUGAGGGGCACGUCGCGCCUGUUUCGCAUCAACCUGUUUCGAAUGGAUAACGGCGCAGAAGGGCCUCAGCGCGUUCCUCGCUUCCCUCUCGAGAGUCUGCCGUAUCCCCCCGCGAUCAUUCGUCGCCGCAUCGUCUGCUGCACCGUCCCCGAGUGUCCCUGUCAACAGGGCGGCGCGUGUGCGACCGCCGCGGCCGCCGAGGCGAGGGCCGCUGGCGCCCAGGGCCCGCUGGGGCGCCAACCGCGGGCCUCCGCCUCGUGGAUCGGUCAGCACGACCUUGAAGCGAGCCCAGUUGACACGGACCCGAAUGCCUUGCGCGUCCAGUCGCUUACUCUCCCUGGCCCCAGCGUCCCUUCUGUGUCUCCUCCAGCCCUCCUUCCUCAGGCGUCUCAGGCUGCGGUCUUGCCGCCGCUUCCCGCCGCGCCCGUCGCCUCCAUGCAGCUCGCACUUCCCAGUCGCGUUCUUCCAGCGACGCUACCUCUGCAUGCAGUGCAGGCGUCCCCGCUGCCCCGUCCCGUCCUCCUGCAAGCAGCGAGUGUCCUUCGUCCGCCGCCUGUGGUUCCGCCGCUUGGGGCGCCGGUUAUCCUCCAGGGCCCGAAGGAGAUGAUCCCCGCUCUGCUUCAGCGAGCGAGCUUUGUCUCCAACGUCUCCGUCGCUCCAAGCCUGGACGGCGCCGCGGCUCCUCCUCUGCAGCACGUGUAUCCCCCCUCUGGAGUAGUCGCCGCGGGGCCUCGGCGAGAAGGGCCGGCAGGCGUGUUGUUGCAUGCGCAGAAUUUUCUGGUGCCUGCGCCUCUCCGCCUUCCGGCACCCUCGUCUUGCUCUGCGUCCUCCGCUCUGCCGGCCUCUGGGCCCCCUCUGGGCGCAGCGUUCCGCGGCGAGGAGACAGGCGCGGCCGUGCCAUUUCCGUCGGCGCCGGAGGAGAACUGCAGCUCUGUGCACGUCUAUUCCGACGAGGUGUCCUCUCUUCUUCUGCCUUUCCCAGAGCCUCUCCUGGGGGCAGGCUCGCCCGCUGAGGCGGGAGCGCUGAGAGGCGGACUCGCCGCAGCGAACGCAGGCGGGCCUCCAGGCUCAGCGGAGGCGGGGCGUGGAGAGACCUUCGGGGACAGAUUUGGAGAGCCCCACAUGGUCGGCAACCACUGCGGCGCGGCGGCUCACGACCGCACGCUCCCCGAGAGCCUCGGCAAGCACGCGGAGGGAAGCGGCCAGCUGCAUUUCUUUUCCCCUUCUCUCGCGCUGUCUGGGCAGACGCUUGAUUCUCCAAAGUUCUCUGCGGCGCCUGCGCUCGACCGACGGGCGCUGUGCGCCCCACAGCGUGUCUCUGCGGCGAGCGCCGCGGCCGCAGAGGGGUCCGCGCCCCGCGGGCUCGAGGGCCUUCCGCCGGGGGCCCGCCUGGUGGCCGAGGUCUGCUACGAAGCGCGGCACAAGCAGUUCUUCGACUCGGUUCACUUGGUCGGGUCUGACCUCAAGAGUCUCCCUGUCCUCGGAGUGAGAGAGUUUGACGAGGAGACUGGCCGCCUGAAGCCAGACGCGGAGCACCUCGAAGACAGGGACGGCGCUAGGGGGACAGCAGUGCGCUGCCCCAGCACGCGGAAAACUCUCCUCGACCCCGGAGCUCAGCGGGAGGACUCGAUCUCGCCGCGGUCCGCGUUCCUGCCUCCCGCAGCCCCGUCCCUGCCCUCCAGCACUGCACUCCAGCCCGGCGGCGCCGAGAGGCAACUUUUGAAGCUUGCGGGGAGCGGCGCUGCUGACGAAUCCUCUCUUCCGGGGCCUGUGGGGGGCCUUGUGAUCGCCGCGACGCCCCUGGCCGCGCCUGCCUCUUCGCGCUUAUCUGGCUACGUGUUUCCGCCUCGCGUGCCGUCUCUGGCGCAGAGUCUCGCCUGCGAAAAAGAGCCCAGGACUCUGAGUCCCCAGCUCCGCCGCGGCGCGUUCGCGCCAGCAGACAAACCGCUGCUUCCUCGGCCUCUCAGAUCUGCCUGUCCAGGCAGCUCGACGGCGGCGCUGCACACACAGUCCGCCGCGUCGCUGAGCUCCCUUCGAGAUCCGCGUGCGGCAGGCAGCGCGGACGCCCGCUUUUCCUCGACCUCGAACGUCCCUUCCGCGUCUCCCGAGACUGGAGAACCCGCUGUUCUAGCGCGGCCGCGCCUGGCUUCGCCGGCAGCCCACUCGCCUCUGCACGUUCAUCGCCCUUCGCGGCCGGAGAAGACAGUCGGGGACCUGAGGCGCUUGACCCCCGGCGAACGCCAGCCCGAGAGUCCGCGGGCGACGAGGCGGGAAGAGAGCAAAGAGCAGAGUGUCGGGCGUUUGGGGCCGGCUGGGACAGCGAUCGACAUGCCGCACAGAGAAGCGCCUGCCGCGGACAAGGCGUCUGCAGAGCGACGUCAGUUUUGCUCGGCGCCCGGAGCGGGCGGCGAGGGAAGGAGAGAGGCGCUGGAGAAGACCUUGCGUGUGCAUGCAUCCUCCCAUGGGCCUUCGGUCUCGACUACCACGAAGGAGACCGCGGGCACCCGUAGAGAAGCGAAUGGCGAGGGUGAGGGAAUCCUCGCGCCUGCGGAGCGUGACGGCCUGGAAAGAGGUCUUCGUCUUGCUGGAUUCGAGAGGUACUGCAUCCUGCAGCGCCUGCGAGGUGCCGCUCCUCGCGCGCCGCAGGAGAGCGCGUCAGGAAGCGAGGACGUGCGCGGACUCUUUCUCCGCUACGAGCUCGGCCGCACCGAGAGCGACUUAGCUGAAACUCUCUUUGCCCCGUUCCUGUAUACCUUCUGCUUCCUCCUUGAGCGCCAGACGAGUCAGCAAAGGACGCUUGCGUCGCAUGGCCUCCCUCUUUCCUCUCAGUCGCCUAGCCAGCCGCAGUCGCCUUCUCUUUAUGCGCUGGGCGUCCUGCGCGUACUCCAGGACGCCUACGCGCUUCUCACGCAAGCAGCCACAGUGCACUCCCCUGCUUCGUCUCCACCCGCUUCGCUCGCGGACUCUCGCGCCUGCGAAGUCGCGCUGGAAUUUGCCUCGCGCGUCGCUCAGCAGCUCAGUCCUGCGCCUUUCCGCCCAGGUCGCCUCGUCGCGUUCCUCUGCUGUCUCCAUUGGUUGCGGGAACGCGGACGCACGGCGAAAAGCCACCUGGGCGCGGGGGCCCGAGAGAGAGACAUUGAAGAAGAGGAUCGCGAGACGGGCUACUCGCUGCUGCCUUAUCUGCCAUUCUCUCUCGGCGGCGUGACGCCCGAAGCCAGGGAAGUCGCCCUCGUCGUCGGCUCGAGUGUCCGCGUCGUCAUGCGACACCUUGAGCUUCUCGGCUUCGACUUCUCGUCUCCCGCGCUGGCAGGCCCCAGCACAGGCGACAAAGAGCGUUCGAGAGAGACUAGCGGCGCGCAUCCCAUAUGCGAGGAAGCUUCCGAUUCGGAGAAGGAAGCAAACGUCAGCUGCCACGAGACUGUCCCUGUGAAGAACUUCGUUAAGCCUUCGUGCAUCCCGACAGACGACCAGUUCGAGCGGCGCAUGGCGACGAGGACGACGGCGGGAGACGCCCGGGGGUGGAGUGCGCUGAGUGCGGCGACCUCGCACUUUGGGGAGCCCGGGAGGUUGAACAGCCGAGACGAAAGUCAUCUUACACGCUUCUUUUCUACCUCGCGCCAAGGAUCACGCGUGUCGACGGAAGCCGCGGAGGACAGCAACGUCCGCGAAACUCUGCAGGGCGCGGCUCCAGCUCUCUCUUCAUGUCUCGCAUCUGCACCGGCCGCGGCCUCGCGGCCGGCGGCGCCUGCCUCCUCCUUCCCUCCUCUGCCGCCUGUCUCUUCGUCUUUCUUGCGGCACGCGCUGCCCAAGCGUGGCCCGAGCGUGGGGGAGAACGAACGGGAGAGGUCUCUCGGGUUCGCGUCCUUCGCCAGCGUCGAGAGCCUGCAGGAGCCGCGCCCGCGAUCCCGCGGAGGCGAACCUACCUUCACCAAUGCCACGGCGCAAGCGGCGCUUGGCGCGGCGGAGCGCGAGACUUGCAGGCGGACUCGCCGAGAAGCCGGCAGACUCGAGGGCGACGUCGAGGGGGAAGACGCGAAGACAGGAGAGGACAUAGAAGGUGCAGACGAAGCGGGGCGACACAUCUCAGCCUCCGCACGACGGGAGAAAACGAGCUUCCUUCCCACACUGCAUCCCCUCCUGCCAGAGUUGGGGUUGCGUGCUGUUGCGCAGGGCGCUGGCGCGUCCUCCUCGCGCCUCUCCUCCAGAGCGAGCCGGAGCGGAUCUGCGAUGGACGACGGGCGUCUCGUCUCCGCGUCCUUCUUCGCAGGGUGUCAAGAAAACGCGGGGGCGUGUGCCUCAACAGAAAGUCUUCAGGAGCGCAGCUCGCGCAGUGCGUCGGCCGCAACCGCAGGCGCUUGCGAGAGUCUUCCAGAUAUACAGCCCUCGGACGGACUUCCGCGCCGUCGCCUGACGCCAAACUCGCCUCAAGAACCCGCUCACAUCGCCUCCGUCGCAUUCUCGUCCUCGCAGGGGCGUCACGUGUCUCAGUCUACCGAUAGAAUUUCGGGGGGUUUCGCGGCGCGCUUCGAGGAGAACCCAGGCCUUCUCGCCGCGCCCGCGCCCACCCGCGAGGCAGGCGACAUCGUGGCGCUUCGUUCUCUCUCGUCCGUAGCGAGCGCGAAUUCGUCGCGAUUGGCUGGCGACCUGGAGGCUGCACGCGCAGCCCUGCCUCCGUCUUCCGAACGCGGCGCGGAACGAGAGAGAAUCGGCAAGCGACACGACGAGCUUCGCCACCACGGCGCGGCGCGAACACACUCGUCCCAAUCGCUUCUCUCAGCCUCUGUGGGAUCGCGUGUACACGACAUCCCUGAGACGCCGCCCCUGCGCGACUGCGGUCUCACGUCGCGCAGCGGCAGGCUCGAACGCGGGUGUCCGACCCUAGUGGAACUUCUCAACGGUGCGGCGAGCGCCGAAAGCCUUCUCAGCGCCUCUCGCUUCUCGGACUGCGGGAGACAGGGCAGUUUUGGCUCGCAGGAGAGAGACGCCCGCGCAGGGCUUGGUGAAGAGGCCGCAAAGCCGCACAGUGACACGAGAGCAGGUAACUCCAAGAGAGCCGAGGAGGACCUGGCCUCCUCGCAGCCUUCAGAGGAGAGAGCUUCUUCCGCCGCCCGCGACGGGAAAAUAUCGCUCAGCGAGCCUCAUCGCAGCUCACUCCCCCUGCGCCGGUCGCCCAGCGUCGUGGUCCGGACCCCGCCGGCCGCGGGGCUGGGGGAGAGGCUCGAGGCGGGAGACAGGGGACAGGUGGGGGUGCGAGGCGGAGAACGAGGAGGUGCAGGCAGUCAGAGGAGGAGACAGGGCAGUGGCGAGAGCGACGUAGACGCGUCUUUUUCGGGCGCGUCGCCUCUGGAAGCAAUUCUGGACGCCGAGAGGGAACUGUCUCUCGGCGUCCCGCUGUCGCUGGCCUACGCGUCUGCACAUAGCCACACCCCGCGCCGGGACGAGGAUUCCAGAUCGAGGGGGCCGCACGUUGAGCUGCGAGGACAGGAGACAGGAAAUGGACAGGUUGACAGCGCGACUCCUCCGUACUCGCCUUCUGCGCUGUCUGGCAGCUUGGCGGAGUUCUUCCUGGGCGUGCGGCAGUCCUCGUCGGCUUCCCUGCCCUGCUUUGACUGCGCCGCCUUGCCGCCGCAACUCUACUCGCCUCUCUCGCUGAACGUGAGUCAAGAGACGCACGCGAGAGAAGAGAAGCACGGUGAGGCUGCGUCCCUGCCGGGGCAGAUGCUUUUCCACUCGAUUCCCGAGCGACCACCGCCUCACGUAGAGAUCCUGGCUCAUGACGAAGAGAGCGAGCGACGGGCGAACAGCUUUGAAGACACGACUGCGCAAGAGGGAAGGGAGGAAGCCACCAUGCCUCUGUCCCCCGUUAUCAGUGCCGUCUCUGCGGAAGAUUCGCGCGCGGGGACUGCUGCUGAGCUGUGUGUGUCUCUACCGGAUGUGACUCCGAGAGCGCACCCUCGGACUCCAUCGCUGGCGGCCUCGGUUCCUUCGCUCUCCCUCUCCUCCGCCUCCGGGACUGGAGCGCCCGCGCGAGGCGCCGCUGAAGCCCACUCUGUCUCGCCGCUGGAGGCGUCGCUUUCUUCCCUUGUAGAAAUUUACUCCGACCGAAAGACACCCCACAGCGAGUUGCCGACGCCCAUGAGGCAAGAAGAAGCGAGCGCCGAGGCGGCAAAGAACGAGGACAACGCUUGCCAUCUCGUAGGGAUUUGUGGGGAAGUUGCGGCGCCGCCCUCCAGUCUCCAGCGUCUUGUGGGAAGCCGGAACAAUCUCGAGGCGCCGAGAGACGGAGACAUUCAAGGAGCGACAGCGGCGAUCGCGCACGCAGCAGCCGCACAGGCCUUCAAAGCAGCCCUCGAAAAUGAAACGUCCCGGUGCCUACAGGCAGGGCGUCUCGCAGUCGCCGCUGCAGCGGCUGCGGCGGCCGCAGGCAUGUGGGACAGACAAAAAAGAGAGGGAGGUGAAGAGCGCGAAACCGAGCAGAGUGAAGAGGAGGAGGAAGACCGGGAGAGGCACCAGGCGCGGAGUACUGCUCCAUCCUUCUGGGCAAAAAGAAGCGCCGCUGCGGCUGCGCAAAGCGAAGGCGACGGCGCGCCAGAGGAGGUAGCGAGCACGAAGAGAGACCGAGACGAGUUCGUAACGCCACAGGCGAGCGAGAACUGUGACAUUGGCAGCUUUUCAGACGGGGCUCCGGACGCCCUUUCAGAGGGUACGACGGUGGAGGCGCACGCUGCCCCCCGCAGCCGCCAGGCGGCCGAAGAUCACGAAAACGAGAGAGAAGUGUCUGCGUUGACGGUUUUGGAGGCCUCAGCACGCGCGCAGGGGCGCCCCGCGGAAGCUGACGCUUUGGAGGAGGGAGGCAGUGGAGCCGGUGACUCCCUCGGUCUGAGCCGGUUGAGUCAGCUGACAACGACGCCAAAACUCGAGACGCCCAGCAGCGAUGCGACUGGAGACGUCGCUCAGGACGGAAAAGCGGGAAAACCUGACACCACGCGAGAAGUCUACAGAGGCGGCAAGUUGGGCGAGGGCGCAGAGCGAGGCGAUAUCUUUGGCAGGCACUCGUGGAACCUGACUGUGUCGACAGACGAUGCCCAUGACGGCGAAGAGACCGGACGCCGCGAAAGAGUGAAGGGCCCGUUUUCGGCUUCGCUCCACACGCACGAAGAAGUCGAUAACGAGGACGUGAGCCCCUCUCCCGACCUCCUCAUCGCAGCAGAGCAAAACUGA